AGCCAGCAACAAAGCAACUAGGCCCCCGAGGCUCGUCCACCAGACUGAAGUUCAUUGCUUAUUUAAUCAAGUGUUAAAUAUCGCUUACACACAUGAGAACGAGGCAAAACCGGAGUGUCAGGGGUCAGACGGAGGAAAAGAAAAGAGCGCGGGUAAGCGCACAACAGCUGACCCGGGGAACGCUAGCGCCUCUAGUGACCUUCACACAAAGCCAAGCACGCGACCAGGGCCGCGCGGUCUGCUCUCGAGAACAGAAGAAGAAGCGCGUUCGACCGCUUACGAUGCAGCGAACCUUGAACGAGAGUUCCCUGCGGCGGUCACUGCCACGUCGGAGUCGACGGAGGUCAAGACGCCUGUGCAGUUCCGCGGAAGUACAGCUGCCCUUGGACUCGUCGGGCCCCGAGUCCGUUGCACGCUACGUACUGUUCGUGCUGUGCGCGGCUGCGAUGGUGAUCGUAGUCGUGGCGCCCGGCGCACUGCUGCUGCGCACUCGUCCGUGUCGCAACCUGAGCGGAUGCUACUCGCUACAGCGGGACCUCCUCGCAUCCAUCGACAACCGCGUGCCUCCGUGCGACGACUUCUACUGGCACGUCUGCGGCGGCUGGGACAGACAGUAUGCGACAACGCGUGGCCAGACGGCGUCCUGGUACGAGGAAGUCUUCAUGGAUAUGUUCUUGUGGAAAAUCAUGCAGCGCAUCGUCCCGAAGACUCCAGUGAAGACGUUGGAUAAGGCGGCCUCAAUGCUGCUCCAUUGCGUGAAAGAUUCUGGGCACCACGGUGGCGAGACGCUCAGGCACUUCCUCCAAGAAGUGGGGCUGUCGUGGCCGCACAGGAGUCCGGCCACCCGUGAGCAGCUGUUGGACUCGCUGGUGGUGCUCUCGCUCGACAUUGGCAUGCCGACGCUGUUGAAGUUCGUCGUGGGUCGCCACCUAUCCCGACCGACGGAAAACACGCUGUACAUGUCGCUGGACCAGCGGUACGAACUGUGGUCCCAAGACAUCGACCAGCUUCACGGCAGAGGCGCGCUCAGCCGCUACCUGCGCCGAGGAGCCGAGAUCGUCGGCGGCUUGGGCGGCUCCUACAGCAUCAUGAUCGAGGACGUGCUGACGACGCACGAGGACCUGUGGACAUUUGUGCAGGCACGAGCUCAUAUCAGUAUCCCUCUUUCUGACAACGUAGUCCCCCUGAUGCAGCAGUUCUCGAAAUUCGUCUCACUGACAUCUUGGCCACAAGCGCUGCUCCAUCUCUUUAAUCGGAAAGAUCCAAAUGAGCGUAAAUGCACUCAAUAUUUUUAACGCAGAAUUGAUGUUUAGGAAACUACAUAUAUAAAAAAAACAAUAGUAAUGCUAACGAAAGGGACAGGCAUGAUUAGCAUAGACGCGUUUAUAUCGUCUUCUCGAAGGUUUGGGGUCACUGCUGUAUGUCUUUUUUGUGCAACUAUAAGCAAUGUAAAAAUGUGUUUACCUUACAAAUCGAUAUGUGCAGAUAACGUAAAAUGAAAUGUUUUUUGCUAAUAUGCACAUUUUAUGAGCCAUACU